CCGGAGGCCUACCCCUGCCGAGUGUCGCGCGUCGGCGCCGCUGCCAACCCCGCUGUGCGAUCUCGGGCCCUCCCGGCACCCGCUCGCCGUCCCGCUCCGGGCUGUCCUUGCUGCGAGGGCCGCCGCGCCCGCCGUCUCCCUCAGCCCUCUUGUCUGGCCGCCGGGCCGCGGCGGGCGAGAGCAGCCGGAGGAGGAGCCGCAGCCGGGAGGCGGCGGCCGGAGCCCAUGGCGUACAGUCAAGGAGGCGGCAAGAAGAAAGUGUGCUACUAUUAUGACGGUGAUAUCGGGAAUUAUUAUUACGGCCAGGGUCAUCCCAUGAAGCCCCAUAGGAUCCGGAUGACUCAUAACUUGCUUCUAAAUUAUGGUUUAUACCGAAAAAUGGAAAUAUAUAGGCCUCAUAAGGCCACUGCUGAAGAAAUGACAAAAUACCACAGUGAUGAGUAUAUCAAGUUUCUACGAUCAAUAAGGCCAGAUAACAUGUCAGAGUAUAGUAAGCAGAUGCAGAGAUUUAAUGUCGGAGAAGACUGUCCAGUGUUCGACGGACUCUUUGAGUUUUGUCAGCUCUCCACCGGUGGCUCAGUUGCUGGGGCUGUGAAGCUAAACCGUCAACAGACUGACAUGGCUGUCAACUGGGCUGGAGGACUGCACCACGCCAAGAAGUCAGAAGCGUCAGGAUUCUGCUAUGUUAAUGAUAUUGUGCUUGCUAUCCUCGAAUUACUAAAAUAUCAUCAGAGAGUCUUAUAUAUUGACAUAGACAUCCACCAUGGUGAUGGUGUUGAGGAAGCUUUUUAUACAACAGAUCGCGUGAUGACCGUCUCAUUCCAUAAAUACGGAGAAUACUUUCCUGGAACAGGAGACUUGAGGGAUAUUGGUGCUGGAAAAGGAAAGUACUACGCUGUCAAUUUUCCCAUGAGGGACGGUAUAGAUGACGAGUCAUAUGGACAGAUCUUUAAGCCUAUAAUCUCAAAAGUGAUGGAGAUGUACCAGCCGAGCGCGGUGGUGCUGCAGUGUGGUGCAGACUCCCUCUCUGGGGACAGGCUGGGCUGCUUCAACCUGACUGUCAAAGGUCACGCUAAAUGUGUAGAAGUAGUGAAAACUUUUAACUUGCCGUUGCUGAUGCUUGGCGGAGGUGGCUACACAAUCCGGAAUGUUGCUCGAUGUUGGACGUAUGAGACUGCAGUUGCCCUUGAUUGUGAAAUUCCCAAUGAGUUGCCAUAUAAUGAUUACUUCGAGUAUUUUGGACCAGACUUCAAACUGCAUAUUAGUCCUUCAAACAUGACAAAUCAGAACACUCCAGAAUAUAUGGAAAAGAUAAAACAGCGUUUAUUUGAAAAUCUACGAAUGUUACCACAUGCGCCUGGUGUUCAAAUGCAAGCUAUUCCAGAAGAUGCUGUUCAUGAAGACAGUGGUGAUGAGGAUGGAGAAGACCCUGACAAGAGAAUUUCUAUCCGAGCAUCAGACAAGCGGAUAGCUUGUGAUGAAGAGUUCUCAGAUUCUGAGGAUGAAGGUGAAGGAGGUCGUAGGAAUGUUGCUGAUCAUAAGAAGGGAGCCAAAAAAGCCAGGAUUGAAGAAGACAAGAAGGAGACAGAGGACAAGAAGACAGAUGUUAAGGAAGAAGACAAAUCCAAGGACAAUAGUGGUGAGAAAACAGACACCAAAGGAGCCAAAUCAGAGCAACUCAACAACCCUUGAAUUUGACUCCCCAACCUUAGGAACCUCGAAAAGUGAGACGAUUCUGGGAUAAGAAACCUUCGCUGUUUGAGGAAGUUUGGCUUCAUUUUAUACUGUUUUGGCAUGGACUGUAUUUAUUUUCAAAAUGGCUUGUUUUUGGUUUUCCUUGGCAAGUUUUAUUGUGAGUUUUUCUAAUUAUGAAGCAAAUUUUUUUCCACCAUGCUUUAUGUGAUUGUAUUUAAAUUGAUGUGUUAUUAUGUCAAAAAAAAAAACGGAUCUAUUAAAGAAACAAUUGGCCUUUCUGAGCUGAUUUUUCCAUCUUUUGUAAUUAUCUUUAUUAAAAAAUUGUACUUGGA